AAGCUUUCUUAUUGCGUCACCCAUCACCUUUCUAACCGCGGCUUCUCGCUACACCAUUCAAUUCCUUCCAUCACCGUACUUUCCCCUUACCUACCUCCUGCCUCCUCACGUCUCCGUCGCAUCGACAACUACCGAUCCUGCCGACUCCGACGCCGAAUACGGUGCGCCCUUUCUAUGUCAAUGGGCUAAAUCAAACAACAACAAUGUCCGCGCCAAACCCAGAGUUACGACGGCAAGUGAUCGCCAUCUACAAGGAGCUGCUGAACCUCGGUCGGGACUACCCGCAGGGCUUCUAUUAUUUCCGGCCGCGACUUCACAGGGCAUUUAUGGCAAAUGCGCAUUUACGUGACGAUGAAACCAUCAAAGAAGGUAUUGAGAGGGCCAAAUUUGUCCAGAAAGAGAUCGAAGCACUGUAAGUCGAACACUUCCUUUUCGAACCGAUACCAUUUACUUGAAAGCCUGGAUAUCGACCAAUUUAUACCAAUUAUCCUUACGAUCGCUCAAUGUAUUACCUGAAAAGGUAUCGCACGCUUAGAAAAAGGUAUGGAGAAACGUGAGGGGGUGUAGGGGGCGU